AUUGCUUUGUUGUUUCCAACAGAACGUAAAGGCAACAGCGUCCUGGACGUGCCGCUUCCCCUUUAAAUAGAGUUGGCCAAGUAUGAAUGAGGUGAAAGGGGAGGAAGUGAAGACAGCAGCGGGAGGACACAUCAGAGAAACGUCUGACAGAUGUUUGCAGUGAUGGAGAUGAUUGUUCCUGCGUUGAUAAUCUCAGGGUGUUGUGUUGUGCUUCCUCUCAGCCUCUUCUUUGUCACUUUUUUCUUAUGGCCUGCAGCGAUCAUCAAAGCCUAUAACUGGAAUGAGCGACGCAAAAUGCGGUUGGUGGUCCACAACUCUUUCAGUGGAAGUUACCGCUUCAGUUAUUUCAGCAAUGUAACACCAGGUGGCUCCACACCAUCGCUGCUCCUGCUGCAUGGCUUUUCUGAUAAGAAGGAUUCCUGGCUCCCCCUCAUCAAGUACCUCCCUAAAAAUCAACACAUAGUUGCUGUGGACAUGCCAGGACAUGGGGGGACGAGUCGCCCCGAUGGUGAGGACUACAGCAUCGAGGGACAGGUCGUCAGGAUCCAUCAGUUUGUACAGAGUAUUGGUCUAAAUAAAAGACCCUUCCAUCUGGUCGGGAUAUCGAUGGGUGGGAAUGUGGCAGGAGUCUAUGCUGCCAGGUACCCUGCCCACCUGUCAGGGGUUACGUUGAUUUGUCCAUCAGGCAUAGAUUAUCCCACAGACUCUGAGUUUAUCAGUCAGCUGAGAGAACUGGAACACAGUCACGACAUUAACUCUGUUGCUCUGGUUCCAAAAACUGUUGAUGAGUUCGAAAAUAUGUUGAGACUCUGCUGUCACACUCAACUCAACAUUCCCAGACAGAUCAUCAAUGGGAUCUUGAGUGAAAGGAUUCCAAACAAUGAAUUUUACAAAGAAGUGUUGAUGGAAAUUGUCAGUGAGACCUCUAGGUACUCAUUACAAGAUAAACUACAUCUGAUCAGUACACCACUGCAGGUUAUCUGGGGGAAGGAGGACAAGUUGCUGGAUGUUUCUGGAACAACAGUGGUGCAGGCUGCACUGCCUUGCAGCCAGGUGGAGCUGUUAGACAACUGUGGUCACAAUGUACCAAUGGAGCGGCCCAGAAAAUCAGCAAAGCUCAUUAUGGACUUCAUGACGGCAUGCAAAUUUAGCAUAAAUGAUGAUAAGAAACAUUCUUGAAGAUUUCUGUUCGCUGGAUGAAGAAGAGUGGAAGGAAUGGUUGAUUGGACAAAAGAAAUGAGAGUUAUUAUAAUGUAAACCAGUGGUCUUCAACCUUUUUUGUACCAAGGACUGGUCAGCAUCUUUUGGACUCUGUUCUGUUAGUAUCAGAGUCUGGAUGACGUGAUUUUGAGGUAAUGUCAGAUUGUCUUUGAAUGAAGUAAAUUGUGUCCCACUGUGGCCCAGUAACAAUUGACCUAUGGACCGGUACCGGUCUGCAGACCUGUACACUAUAAUGAUGACUGAUGUAAGUAUUAAACAUUUUUAAUGUAUAACAAGUUUCCCUGAAAGUGUAUAGCCAAAUGAAAACUUUACAAACACAAAAAAACCACUGGCUCUUAAAUAUGUUUGAAGUGUGAUUUUUACAUGCACUACACUUAUGCUGUAAUCUGCUAUAUCUUUUACCACAUUUAUUUCUUCACAGGCUAUGAUUCCUACUGUGUGCUAGGUCAGCUGCUACUACAUUUUAUUAAAAAAUAAAAAUAAUUUAAUUACAAUUGA